AUGUCAUCUCGCGGCCAAAAGCGCGUUCUCAUUAGCUAUGGUGUCGACGUGGAUGCGGUAUGCGGGUGGCUUGGAUCAUACGGAGGAGAGGACUCAACGAGUGAUAUCAUUAGAGGUCUAUUUGCCGGCACGAUAGGUGUACAGCGCCUCCUGAAGCUAUUUUACAAAUACAGCAUGAAGAUGACAUGGUCCAUACUAGGCCACAGUCUCGAAACCUUUCCUGAAGACCUGGCGGCCGUCCGAGAUGCGGGACAUAAAAUUGGCCUUCACGGAUAUCCACACAAGAACCCAACCGAUAUGACAAUUGAGCAACAACGGGAUGUGCUUGAUAAGACACACCGGAUGUUAACCGAGUUCACGGAAAAGCCACCACGCGGAAGUGUUGCACCCUGGUGGGAGUUCAGUAGAGAAUUUGGGCAGCUGCUACUAGACUACGGCAUCGAAUACGACCAUAGCAUGAGCCACCACGAUUGCCAACCGUAUUACCUUCGCACGGGCGACACAUGGACCAAGAUCGACUAUAAGAAGAAAGCAGACGACUGGUACCUCGAUGACCUGCCUCUCAUGAUGUUCAUCAAAUCGGCUCCCAAUAGCCACGGCUUCGUGAAUCCGCGCGAUGUGGAGGAUGUCUGGCGGGACCAGUUCGACUACUGUUAUAGGGAAUACGACGAGUUCAUUUUGCCAACCACCAUUCAUCCGGAUGUUAGUGGCAGGCCGCAAGUCUUAUUGAUGCAUGAGAGACUCAUUGAACAUUUCAAGAAGCACGGUGGUGUCGAAUUUGUGACGAUGGAGCAGAUCUGUGACGAAUUCAAGAGCAAGAAUGCACCAGCUAAAGGAGCAGUGCUGCCGGCGAAACCAGGUUCAUUGCUCAAACAGUAG